UGAACCAUAAACACCCACAAUGUCCAAGUCAGGAAUAGUACUCUACGGAGCGGAUCUAAGCCCCUGUGUCAGGGCUGUGAAACUGACCUUCAAGGCCCUGGAUCUGGACUUCGAGUUCAAGGAGGUCAACAUGCAGAAGGGCGAGCACCUCACCGAGGAAUACCUCAAAAUGAAUCCCCAGCACACGGUCCCGGUUCUGGAUGACAAUGGCACCUACAUCUGGGACUCGCACGCCAUUGUCACCUAUCUGGUGGACAAGUACGGCAAGUCGGACGAACUGUACCCCAAGGACCUGGCCAAGAGGGCGGCCAUCAACCAACGCCUCUACUUCGAUGCCAGUGUCAUCUACGCCUCCAUUGCGAGUGUGUCGGCUCCGUUCUGGUUAAGAGGCGAGACUGUGGUGGCCCAGGAGAAGCUGGACACCAUUCAUCGGGGACUGAAGCUGCUGGAGACCUUCCUGGCCAGCAGCAAGUAUCUGGCGGGCGACUCCCUGACCCUGGCCGACCUCUGCACUGGACCCACAGUGUCCUGCCUGCCCGUGGCCGUGGACAUCGAUGCCUCAGUGUAUCCCAAGACUACCGCCUGGCUGGAGCGCCUCAACCAGAUUCCCUAUUUCAAGGAGAUCAAUGAAGCACCAGCCCGAAACUACUGCGCCUUCAUGCGCAGCAAAUGGACCAAACUGGGAGACUAAAUUAAAUUAUUAUGUAUUUUUAUUAAUGAU